GCCUCAACGCCCUCCCUUUGGUCGUUCUCUCACUCCACUGCAUCUUUACCGGGCGAUGCUUCCCAACCUUCCAUACUGAGAGUAACCACCAAUUGUCUCGGGCUUCCUCCGUUCGCCGCAACCGCAUCCGCAGCCAUGGCGCGCGACACUUACCACAAGCGCUCGCUGGGCACCCUCGCCAGACGAAUUAAAGAGUCGCGUGUACUCCUCGUCGGCGCUGGUGGCAUCGGCUGCGAGCUGCUCAAGAACCUCCUCCUCUCCGGCUUUGGUGAAAUCCACAUCAUCGAUCUCGACACGAUUGAUCUAAGCAACCUGAACCGUCAGUUCCUUUUCCGCUUCGAACACAUCAAGAAAUCCAAAGCACUGGUCGCCAAGGAGGUCGCACACAAGUUUCAACCGAACGCGAAGCUUGAAGCCUACCAUGCGAAUAUCAAAGAUAGCCAAUUCAAUGUGGACUGGUUUGCCACUUUCGACAUCGUCUUCAACGCGCUGGAUAACCUCGAGGCUCGUCGUCAUGUGAAUCGCAUGUGUCUGGCAGCAAAUGUACCUUUGAUCGAGAGUGGGACAACCGGAUUCAACGGCCAAGUGCAGGUUAUUAAGAAGGGACUGACUGAGUGCUACGACUGCACUUCGAAAGAGGUCCCGAAGUCGUUUCCUGUGUGUACCAUCCGCAGCACCCCCAGUCAGCCGAUUCACUGCAUCGUCUGGGCGAAGAGCUAUCUGUUCCCUGAGCUGUUCGGUACCAGUGAUGAAGACUCCAGCGAAUUUGAUCAUUCAGAGGAUGCCGAGAAUUCUGCGGAAAUCGAAAACCUUCGCAAGGAAGCACAGGCUCUCAAGGAGAUCCGCCAAUCGAUGGGAUCGGAUGAGUUCGCCAAGAAAGUCUUUGACAAGGUUUUCAAUGAGGAUAUCGAGCGGCUGCGUGGGAUGGAAGAUAUGUGGAAAACGCGCAGCCCUCCGGAAGCUCUGAAUUUCGAGAAAUUGACCGAGGAGUCGGCCGACGUUGCGAUUACGAUAUCAUGCAAUGAUCAGAAAGUCUGGUCUACAGCUGAAGAUUUUGUGGUCUUCAAGGACAGUUUGGACCGUUUGAGCAAACGCCUAAAGACAUUGCAAGACACCACGAAUAGCGACGUCAAGCCAAUCCUUGUGUUUGAUAAAGACGACGUUGAUACAUUGGACUUCGUGACAGCGGCGGCUAAUCUUCGGGCGACGAUCUUCAAGAUCGACCCCAAGUCGAAAUUCGACACCAAGCAGAUGGCCGGAAAUAUUAUCCCCGCAAUCGCCACGACCAACGCCAUGACCGCUGGAUUGUGUGUGCUGGAAGCCUUCAAGGUGAUGAAAGGAGAUUACAAUCAAACAAAGAUGGUCUUCCUCGAGCGUUCGGGCGCACGCGCAAUCAACUCUGAUUCGCUUCAACCUCCCAAUCCGAAUUGUCCGGUCUGCUCCGCCGCGCAUGCGCGGCUCAAGAUCGAUCCCGAGCGUGCGACUGUCAACGAUCUAGUCGAACAGAUUCUCCGGUUGCAGUUGGGAUACGGCGAGGAGUUUUCCCUGACCACGGAAUCGGGCAUCAUCUACGACCCCGAUCUGGAGGACAACCUGCCGAAGAAGUUGUUGGACUUAGGUGUAAAGAACGAGAGCUUCAUCACCGUCAUCGACGACGAAGACGAGCCGCGCGUCAACCUCCAGCUCUUCGUGCUAGCAGCCGAGCCUCCCGAUCAGAACGGGGCCGCGGCCGAGAGACCAAUUUCUAUCGAUGCCGUCCCCGAGAUUCCGCGCAAACCCAAGACACCGACCCCCGCGGCCCCUGCGCAGGUCAACGGCACGUCGUCGGAUCCAGCAGCCGCCAAGCUCAAGCGCAGCGCGGAUGAAGCCGGACUGAGCAACGGAGACGACCGCGCCAAACGGGUUGCCGGCGUGUCUGAAGCGAACGGGGACGGGGCCAAUCCCAUCGUUCUGGACGAAGCAACAGGCGGUGCCAUUCUGAUUGAUGAUGAUUGAUGAUACCAGAUCCGACGAAGGAAUUGCACAUGCUGCUACUUGUUUGCCAUCUCCCAUCGCACGGUUACAUGUUUCCACUUAAUCUA